UUUUUCUUUUAUUUAUUUAUUUAUGUUUAUUUGAUGAAAUUAAAUUAAAUAUGUGAUAAUUAAAUUUGUAAUUUUAGAUUUUAAAAAUUUAAUAAAAAUGAAUAAUCAAUUAAAAACAGUUUCAGAAGAAUUAAAAGAUAAUAUAUUAAAAAAAUUAAAAAUAUUAAAAAAUAAAUUUAUAAUUCAUAAUAAUUUGGAUAAAUGUAAAAUUAAUAAAAAAAAAUUAUCAAUUAAUGAUGUUGUUAUGAUUUGUGAACAAAUUGAAGGAUUUGUUGAUUUUAUUAAAAAUACAACAAACAUUGAACAUUUUAUUUAUGAUAUUCCUUCAAAUUUGGAGGAGCGAUUUAAUGAUAAUGUCCAAGAGCUAGAAGCUUUGUUGAAUGAAAUAAAAAGUUCACAUAUUAAUAUAAAAAAACAACAAGCACAGUAUAAUUUUGUUAAAAAAGAAAAAGUAGUACUUCAAAAAACAUUAAAAAAACUAAAAGACACUGAAAUUCGAGAAAUGGAAAUGGUUGCAGAGGCAUUUGAUAAAACAAUGUUUUCACGCUGGGAAACUAUAAAACAAACCAAAAAAAUUGAUGUGAUUGAGAAAUUUUUAUAUGAAAUUCAGAGUAAACAAUUGGCACUUGAAAAUUUGAGAAUUUUGUCAUCAAGAAGACUAUCAAAUCUUUCGUCAAUUUUAAAUAUUAAAAAACCCGAAGAAAAAUUUAAAAUUAAUUCAAAUUUACCAAUUGUUAAUGAUGAAGAAUCAGUCUCACAAUCAAGUUUAAAAUUUCCGCAGUUUUUUUUUCCUCCUCGACAAAUUGAAAUAAAUAUACAACCAGAAAAUUCACUUGAUAUUUUUCAAGAAAAUUGACAACACAAGACUAAUUUUUUAAAACUACACAAUGGCAUAAAUUUAAAUCGAAUAUUUAAAAAAUUCAACUAUCAAUUGUCAUUGUUAAUGGAAGAAAACUGAGUACUUCAUCAGAAAAUCUACUGUGUGGUACAUCAUGUUCCAAUAAUAAAACUUCAUUUUCAGUCUCUUUAUCACCAAUAUUACCAAGUGCAC